GAUUUUAUUACGUACUACUGAGCACUCAUGCCCAAAGCCCCAAACCCUAAACAUUGCUAAAGUCCGCAUGGACGAAGAACUCUCUCUCUCUCCAGCUCCUCAGUGAAUUCUUCAGGUUUAGGUUUUCUCCUCUCUUAUUGCACUCUACAAUCAUGGCCCGUACUCUUAAAAGGAAGAAGAUACUCAAGAAAUCCAAGGUUAAGAGCAAGGGUGCAAGUUCUUCUAAUCCACAACAAAAUCCUGCAAAGGUAUGGCAACCGGGUGUAGACAUGAUAAAUGAAGGGGAAGAACUUCAGUUUGACAGAUCUGCUUAUGAUUGUCUUCAUGCCUUCAAUGUGGGGUGGCCCUGUUUAAGCUUUGACAUUAUACGUGAUGAACAAGGGUUAGUUCGUACUGGAUUUCCUCAUUCUCUGUACUGUGUUGCAGGCACUCAGGCUGAGGACGCUUCAAGCAACUCGAUCGGAAUUGUUAGGCUGUCUAACAUAUCAGGAAAAAAGCGUAAUUUGGUGCCCAUGCAAUCAGAUGAUAAUGAAAGUGAAAGUGACAGUGAUAGCAGUAGCGACGAAGAAGAUGAGGAUUCCAAACCUGUGAUGCAGUUGAGGAUGGUGGCUCAUCAAGGAUGUGUUAAUCGCAUACGUUCAAUGAUGCAAGAACCACACAUAUGUGCAACAUGGGGGGAAAAUGGGUAUGUGCAGGUGUGGGAUUUCAGAUCCCAUCUUAAUUCUUUAGCUGCAAGCGAUCCAGAAGUAAGCACGGGUGCUUGUGCCACUAUUCGUCAGGCUCCUCUACAUAUUUUUACUGGCCAUAAAGAUGAGGGCUACGCUUUGGACUGGAGUUCUAUCACUCCUGGGAGGCUUCUCUCUGGUGAUUGCAAGAGUUGUAUUCAUCUGUGGAAUCCUACAUCUGGUGGAAAAUGGGCAAUAGACAAAGAACCAUUUAAGGGGCAUUCAGCAAGUGUGGAAGAUCUCCAAUGGAGCCCUACAGAGGGAGAUGUAUUUGCUUCAUGUUCUGUCGAUGGUCGGGUGGCUAUAUGGGAUGCUCGAGUACGGAAUCAACCAGCAGUUUCUGUGAAGGCGCACAAUUCCGAUGUCAACGUCAUCUCAUGGAACCGGCUGGCUAGCUGUAUGAUAGCUUCUGGAAGUGAUGAUGGCAGCCUUUCCAUUUGGGAUCUUAGAUCAUUCAAGGAGGACUCUUUUGUAGCUCAUUUUCAAUAUCACAAGCAGCCAAUCACAUCAAUUGAGUGGAGUCCUCACGAAGCAUCCACAUUGGCAGUUUCAUCGUCAGAUGAUCAGCUAACGAUUUGGGACCUCUCCUUGGAAAGGGAUGCAGAAGAAGAAGCUGAGUUUAAAGCUAAACUGAAACAGCAAGCAGAUGCCCCGGAGGACUUACCACCACAACUGCUCUUUGUUCAUCAGGGUCAGAAAAGCUUGAAGGAAUUGCAUUGGCAUGGCCAAAUUCCAGGAAUGCUAUUGUCAACAGCUCACGAUGGUUUCAACGUUUUCAUACCGUCGAAUGUGGAGAUGACUCUCCCCGAGUUAACUGGAAGUCUCAGCAAACUUGGUUAAUUCUCUCCCUCUCUCUCUCUCUCUCUCUCUCUCUCUCUCCUUUCCAAGGGUCCUGCCUCCCCCUUCUCUCAGUAUGUAUUUGUAAUGUGCAUCUGUUCCCAAGGUUUUGUGGCCUUGGCAAUUCUACAGUUGAUUUGGCUUUGGUUUAGAGGAAGACAGUAGUAUGCUCAAGAGCAAAAAGUUUUGAUCUUUGUCGAUGUGUACUGUGGGAACAAAUAAGCUUGUGUUAAUAUGCGAACAAAUAAGCUUAAGUAAUGCUUAAAUUUUUUGCUCUCUC